UGGUGGAGGUCGAGUUCGAGGUCUUCACUAGCUAGGUUAGCACAGAUAGCUCGUUCUGACUGGCUCACAGCAGGUACACCGUUUGUGCCAACGGAUCCAAACCGACCAGACUAAGCUGGAUUGGCUGAGCCAUGGUUUUGCAAAAGCUCAUAAAUUUCGGCAAGCAGCUCCUGCGGGUGAAGGUGGUCGACUGCAAUGCCGAGGACUCACAUUUGUCUCGCUGUCUCAACACUUUUGACCUGGUGGCUCUGGGAGUCGGCAGCACUCUCGGUGCCGGUGUGUACGUGCUCGCCGGAGCAGUGGCACGGGAGAACGCCGGUCCAGCCAUAGUGUUGUCGUUCCUCAUAGCUGCCAUGGCGUCCGUUCUGGCCGGCCUGUGCUACGCUGAGUUCGGGGCACGCGUACCCAAGACGGGCUCUGCGUAUCUCUACAGCUACGUGACAGUGGGGGAGCUCUGGGCCUUCAUCACUGGCUGGAAUUUGAUCCUCUCCUAUAUUAUAGGUACGUCCAGCGUAGCCCGAGCUUGGAGCGCCACUUUCGAUGAGCUGAUCGGCAAACAAAUUGAGCUUUUUUGUCAGCAGUACAUGAGCAUGAAGGUCCCGGGGGUGUUGGCGGAGUACCCAGACAUGUUUGCAGUGGCCAUCAUCCUAAGUCUGUCAGGCUUGCUGGCCUUUGGUGUAAAGGAGUCAGCCAUGGUCAACAAAGUGUUCACCUGCAUUAAUAUCUUGGUGCUGCUCUUCAUGGUGGUGUCUGGCCUGGUCAAGGGCACACUCAAGAACUGGCACCUAGAUCCAGAAGAGAUUUUGAACGCCACCAACUCCUCAAGCUUCAAUACAACAGUGCCUGAUGUAUCACCAGAGAGCAUCGGAAUGGGCGGUUUUAUGCCGUUUGGCUUCGCUGGAGUCCUCUCUGGAGCUGCCACCUGUUUCUAUGCCUUUGUAGGAUUCGACUGCAUUGCCACUACAGGUGAGGAGGUGAAAAAUCCACAGAGAGCCAUCCCCAUCGGCAUCGUCUCCUCUCUCCUCAUUUGCUUCGUCGCCUACUUUGGCGUCUCAGCUGCUCUCACCAUGAUGAUGCCGUAUUACAUGCUGGACCAGAAGAGCCCACUUCCUGUGGCAUUUAAGUAUGUAGGCUGGGACGGUGCCACCUAUGCGGUGGCUGUGGGUUCUCUGUGUGCGCUCUCCACCAGUCUCCUGGGUUCCUUGUUCCCUCUCCCUCGUAUUAUCUAUGCCAUGGCCCGAGACGGUCUGCUCUUCUCUUUUCUGGCACGUGUAAGCAAGAGAAGGACGCCCAUCAUUGCUACGAUGGCUGCAGGCGUCAUGUCUGCUAUCAUGGCAUUCCUGUUUGACCUGAAGGAUCUGGUUGAUCUGAUGUCAAUUGGGACCCUCCUGGCCUACACUCUGGUUGCAGCCUGUGUGCUGGUGCUCAGGUAUCAGCCAGAUCAUCCCUCCCAAGGCUACCAGAUGGCCAGCACACAGGAGGAGCUGGAACUGAGAGAUUCCUUCAGUACCAUGGUGGACAUUCUGCCUGGCAUGGUGGAGCAUUUCACAUUUAAAGGGCUGCUCUUUCCCAACAACUCGGAGCCGUCCGGCCUCUCCGGCUCCGCUGUCAAUGUCUGUGCGAGCAUUCUGGGUUUUCUGAUUCUGGCUUUCUGCAUCGUGGCUGUGCAGGGUGGCUGUGCCAGCUGGAGUGUCACAACUCUUAGUGGGAUUGCUGUGGUGUGUCUUAUUCUUGUUCUUAUCAUAUGGAGGCAACCGGAAAGUAAAAGCAAGCUUUCUUUCAAGGUUCCUCUGUUACCCUUCCUACCUGUGGUUAGCAUGUUUGUCAAUGUGUAUCUGAUGAUGCAGCUGGACAGAGGGACCUGGAUCCGCUUUGCUUUGUGGAUGGCCAUUGGACUGGUUAUAUACUUUGCUUAUGGAAUAUGGCACAGCACGGAAGGUUCUCUGGCUCCCUCCAGUCAGGAAGAGGAAGAGCCUGAUGAGUGCAAACCCACCAUUACUUACAAACGGGAUGCCUCGUUACCUGAAAAAGAGGCAUUCCUCAGCAAUGGCCAGGAGGACGCCGGGGACGAGGACGGAGACCUCUGAGAGGGAGAAUCAGAUGAGUUCGAGUACUGCCGCCUUCACUCUCAACAACUCGGGGCCACUAAAGAGCACAAUCUUUCACCUGACUGAGCAUGAGGAAAUGCAGACAGUGCGCUUCAUUAGUGUCACGUCCUUAUGAGGAAAUUUGGAAGCCUCAUUAGGGGGUGGUUAGUUAAUGACUUUUUGGGAUUCUGACCCAAGGAGUUGCAUAAAUAGAAUUGCAACCAGAUUUUGGACCCUGUUUUUGAAGGUAUUUUAGAAGUUUUUUUGCUGUUGGGCUUAUUCAGGUUCUAGUUCAGGUAAAUGAGUAGUUCUAGACAGUGAAUAUCUGAGUUUGUCAUCUGACUGCCCCCUUACUGACAGAUUCAGGCCGCGGUCCAUUCUAAAGUGAUCAACACUAAGCCCUAUUCCCUCCAAAGUGCACACUCAGUAGUGAGAACUGAGUUAUUUGGUUACAUGAACCUCAUCAUUUUUCUGUCAGAUUUUAGACUGCUAAUACGUCCCAUGACCAACUUCAGAAUGUAUAGUCUGAUCGGGAAAUUACAUUCACCUGUUAUGCUCGUUGUAUUCACUUUUUUGUCUGAUUUACACCUAUUCAUUUUUUGAAAGGCAUGCCAAUCUACUGAACUUCUGCUGGACCGAUAGAUACAUGCUUGCACCCACACAAUCACCUGUCUGAGCAAAGGUAUUCUCACCCCCCAUCAAUUAUGUGCUUACACACAUAAUCACCUGUGUGAUUGAGCAUAAGUAUUUACACCCCCACCAAAUACAUCACCUGUCUGAGCAAAAGUAUUUACAUCCCUUGGCAUGAAUACAUACACUCCCUAGUAACCAUUUUUUAAAUUCUGAGUGAAAACAUUUGUUAAGAGUCUUGGGAGUUUAAAGACUGAAGUGCACAGCAGUUAUUGUAAAGAACCUCUGGUAAGCAAACAAAUUUCCAUUUGCAGUAUGGAAUGAGUGGACAAAUGGCAGCUGUUGGUCCUACUACAGGGAUGAUUAUUUCAGAUUAGACAGUACCGUAUCCUUAACGUGCAAGGAAUACGUUAGAAUUCUCAAACUGCAUUUGGGUGGUACUGCCAUCAUGUGGAAAGUUAUAAGCAAUCACAAACUGAAUAUGAGUUCUGUCUGCCUCGUCAGUGCAAAGUAACUUUCCUCUUUGCAGACCUGUUGGUCUAAUAUAAAAAAUGUAAAGUUUUGGAACUUCUGUUGUGUUCGGUAAUUGAUUAAGAAUAUUUGCACACAGUGUAAAGGACUAAAAUGUGUAAGGAUGCA